AUGUUUAGAGAUAGAACAAAGUUAUUCUUAUCUUAUCGUCGAACAAUCUCACGAGAUACUUCGCAUAAAAAACCGUUUCGAGACGACGUAUUUAAUGAUGAUAAUAAUGAUAGUGACAGUUUAUUCGACUCCGAACAAGAUAAUCUUAUCCUUUCAUCACGGAAACAUCAACAACGGAGAUCAGGCCUUGCAUCUCACUCAGUGGGGGUUCAUAAAAACGAAGAAGAUAUCGAAAUGAAGCCCAUAAUCCCAACACAAUUUGAAAUUGCUAAAGAUCUAGAUAUAGCGUUAGCCGUAAUUGAUAAACAAACGCAAGAAUUGAAUUCAUUGUACAAGCAACUUAUAAUUAUAAGCAAAUCGCAGAAGAAACAAGUUGAAUCCCAAAUUGAAGAGCAUAGUUAUCAAAUUUUACAAAAUUUUGAGAAAUGUUAUAUUGGUAUUAAAAAGUUUGAAUAUUUGACUAAUAAUCAUGAGCGAUUGAAAUUGAAUUAUUCAUUACAGGAUUUGAAUAUUUUGACAAACAUGAAGAAGAAUUAUGCCAACAAGAUUCAACAACAUUUGCUAGUUUUCCGAAAUUUACAAAAUAAUUAUAUGAAUUUUUUGCGUGAUGAUGAUGAUGAAUUCGAUCUAUUGAUUAAUGAAAAGCGUAAUCAACGUGGAGUGAAACAUGAACAAUUGAAUGGUGAUAAUAUCGAAGAGCUAAGUAAAGAAAUUGUCCAAUCUAAUCAUCAACAGCAGCAACAACAGCAACAAGUCCAGCUUCAACAAAACACCAAUGAUCAAUAUUUGGAACAACGAGAACAAGAGAUCAACAAACUAGCAAUGGGUAUAUUGGAAAUCUCAACAAUGUUCAAAGAAAUGGAGAGUAUCGUUAUCGAUCAAGGAACAAUGUUGGAUAGAAUUGAUUACAAUUUAACCAACACGGUACAAGAUUUGAAAUCGUCUGAUAAAGAAUUGAUCAAAGCGAGAACGUACCAAAAGAGAACCACCAAAUGUAAAGUUAUAUUCUUUAUGGUGUUGUGUGUGUUUGCCUUGUUGAUGAUACUUAUGUUGCGACCUGGUGGUGGAAGUCGCAGUACUGAAAAAAUUAUCGAAAAGCCGCAAGAGCCGGCAAAAGUAGGUGAAGGGAGUGAAGGAAGCGGUGGUGGUGAUUCAUCCAAGCCACCUAAUGAAGUCAACCAUCCUGACGCACCAAUUGAAGGAUCCAAACCAAUUGAUGUUGGCGGUGAAUAG